UCUUUCGAAAGGCAACCAGGAGAUCAAGUCCAUCUUCUCGGAGUACGGCGCCGGUGUCGAAGGGACCUUAAUUUGAGCUUGUCGGGUUGCUUGGAUUACCUGACAUGUACCAAAUAGGCCUCAUAGUCUGUCUCGACAGGACUGCCACCCUUCCACGGAUACCCAGCCGCAUUUGGCUUGCCAAUGGUCACCGAGUUACAACUACAGCCCGCUCCUUUGGCACACCGACACCAAUCAACGAUGUCCGGCUAGGAAUUCAUGUUACUCUCUCAAGGCGGGGUGGCAAAUUUCUUUUACUGCUGCAUGGAGCUAUCGAUCAGGGGCCAGUUUCUCGGCCUCCACCGCGUUUGCAACUUGUAAUACUCGUGUCAUUGCUAUGUCACGAUCUGGCUUCCCCUGCUCGGUGCCCAGGGCCCUGGCCUGGGAAGUCGUCCGGCCGCCUUCUCGUGCUCAAGCUUCGAACUGGACCUUCGAGAUGGAGCAUCUUGACCUCAGGAUGACCAGUCUGCCUCCCUCAGAGGCUUGGCCUUCCCACCUCUUCGGUGACCUGGCGGUCGUCACCGGAUUUGGUGACCCAGUUGUCGAAACUUCCUGCACCAUGGACAGAUACCUCACCUAAGAAAUGGAUGACUUUGAUUCG